AUGUCGCGCCCCAGCGGCUGCGACCAAUCAAAAGGCUCUGAGGAGUCAUCCCGGCCCUUCCUCAUUCCCGCCCGGGUCACGAGCUGCGGCGCUUCAAAGGGGGCCAAUAGGAGGGCUAGCUCAGAGGCGCUGACGGGUCACGUGAAGAGUCCGAGUGUUUGGGGCCAAUUAGAGUCGCAGAAGCGCGGCGGAGCGGCUGGCCCAGGCCCUUCCCCUCCGCACUCGCGCUUCUUCCCCUUUGGAGGCCCCUCUUCUCCGAGGGCGCCUCUCCCCUCGCAGCCCGUCCGCCGCUCCGAGGCCCCUGCCCUCCGACCUCCCCCCCGAGGCUCCCGCCCUGGUUCUGGGACCCGCCCCCCGCGCGACCCCACAGCUGCCUCUCCCGGGGACCUGACUGAGCCGCUGCCCCGCCGUCCUGACCCGUCACGCGUGCCCGCGUGGCCCCUCCUCCGCUCGCAGGUCCAGCCGCUGGUGACCAUGGAGCAGCUGCUGUGGGUGAGCGGGCGGCGGAUCGCGGCGGUGGACACCUUCCGCAUCCCGCUCAUCGCCGCCACCCCGCGCGGCACUCUCCUUGCCUUUGCCGAGGCCAGAAAGAUGUCCACGUCGGACGAGGGGGCCAAGUUCAUCGCCCUGCGGAGGUCCGUAGACCAGGGCAGCACGUGGUCUCCUACAGCAUUCAUUGUGGACGACGGGGAGACCCCUGACGGGCUGAACCUGGGGGCCGUGGUGAGCGAUGCGGAGACGGGAGUGGUGUUCCUUUUCUACUCGCUCUGUGCGCACAAGGCCGGCUGCCAGGUGGCCUCCACCAUGUUGGUGUGGAGCAAGGACGAUGGGGUCUCCUGGAGCCCACCCCGGAACCUCUCCCUGGAUAUCGGCACCGAGAUGUUUGCCCCGGGACCGGGCUCUGGCAUUCAGAAACAGCGAGAGCCACGGAAAGGCCGGCUCAUCGUGUGUGGCCACGGGACGCUGGAGCGGGACGGGGUCUUCUGCCUCCUCAGCGAUGACCACGGCGCCUCCUGGCGCUACGGCAGUGGGGUCAGCGGCAUCCCCUAUGGCCAGCCCAAGCGGGAAAAUGACUUCAACCCCGAUGAGUGCCAGCCCUAUGAGCUCCCGGAUGGCUCAGUUGUCAUCAACGCCCGGAACCAGAACAACUACCACUGCCACUGCCGCAUCAUCCUCCGCAGCUACGACGCCUGUGAUACCCUGAGGCCCCGGGACGUGACCUUCGACCCUGAGCUGGUGGACCCUGUGGUUGCCGCAGGAGCGGUAGCCACCAGCUCGGGCAUUGUCUUCUUCUCCAAUCCAGCCCACCCGGAGUUCCGAGUGAACUUGACCCUGCGCUGGAGCUUCAGCAACGGUACCUCUUGGCGGAAAGAGACAGUCCAGCUCUGGCCAGGGCCCAGCGGCUACUCCUCGCUGGCGGCCCUGGAGGGCGGUGUGGGCGGGGCGGACCCGGCCCCCCUGCUCUUCAUCCUGUAUGAGAAAGGCCGGAACUACUGCACAGAGAGCAUCUCCCUGGCCAAGGUCAGCGCUGAAUAA